CUUCCGAGGAAGGAAGUGGCGGUACUGGGCGGUACAGUGGUCUCGCCAGUUCUGUGGUUUCGCUGUGGUCGCCGUUGCCAAAAUGGCGCCGCUGGCAACGAGUGUCGAUGAGCUGGUGCAAUAUAUUUCGUUGCACACGCGAAAACCUUUCCUCUUGGAUGGCUGCGUGAGCCCGUUCUUGACUUUAUACGCAGCGUGGCUGUACCUGUGGACGUGCGUGUAUGGUGUGUCUGAGUACCAUGAAGCUGGACUAAUCGCUCUCGCCUGCCUAGGCGUCGUGCACAUACUGACAUGCUUGUUUUGUCACUGGUCGGUGCACGUUCGCUGCCUUCUGUCCUGCAGCAGGGAAACAAACCCAACGAAGGCAGUGCUUGCAAAAGUCGUGCCCACACCCAACAAUGGCUCAGCUGAGCUGGUCUGCCUCCAUGUGGACAUGGUGCCAGGGGAAGAAGAGCUGUCUGUGUGGUUUCUCUUCCAGAAGACCAAGUACCUGUACAGCUUUGAGCGCAAGGCCUUCCGUGGGAUUGAGUUCCCCACAGAGAUGCCCCUGCGCCACUACCAGGAGUGCAAGGGCUACGUGGAUGAUGCCGACCUGGCAGCGGCCGAACGCCAAUACGGCAAGAAUGACUUGGAGCUGGAGGUGCCAGAGUUUGGUGCCCUGUUCAAGGAGCGUGCCACGGCGCCCUUCUUUGUGUUCCAAGUGUUCUGCGUGGCACUGUGGUGCCUGGAUGAGUUCUGGUACUACAGUGUUUUCACCCUGUUCAUGCUGGUUGCAUUUGAAUGCACCCUGGUGCAGCAGCAACUGCGCAACCUUUCCCUAAUCCGCAAGAUGGGCAACAAGCCAUACAUGAUCCAGGUCUACAGAAACAGGAAGUGGAGGCCUAUUCUAACCUGUGAUCUCAUUCCUGGUGACAUUGUAUCUAUAGGCCGGUCCCAAAAUGAGAACCUUGUCCCAUGCGACAUGCUGCUUCUGCGUGGGCCAUGCAUUGUGGAUGAGUCCAUGCUUACUGGAGAGUCAGUGCCACAGAUGAAGGCUGAUCCAGUCCUCGACGUCUUUCCCAUCUUUGCCCGAGAAUACGCCAGGAUGACGGGGAGCGGGGAGAGCGAUGUAGGUCGUCGAAGUGGCAGCAGGUGUCGGAGCCGGCGGAGUCGAGUUGUCGUCGCCAGGAACCAUGAAGGAAGGCUCGACGUACCGUCCACCGCAAAGCUCCGUGAUGAGGAGCCCGUGGAGGAGCUGGAUCCGGAACAGCUGCUGGACAUGGAGGUGGACGGCCGGCUGCACGUGCUCUUCGGAGGCACCAAGGUGCUUCAGCACACCCCCCCUGCCAAGGCCAGCACAGGACUCAGGCCCUCGGACAGUGGUUGUGUGGCAUACGUGCUGAAGACGAGCUUUGGCACAGCCCAGGGCAAGCUGCUACGCACCAUCUUGUUUGGAGUCAAGCGGGUGACAGCCAACAACCUCGAGACAUUUGCUUUCAUCCUGUUCUUGCUUCUGUUUGCUGUUGCUGCCGCCUCCUAUGUCUGGAUCAAAGGCACUGAGGACCCCACACGCAACCGCUACAAGCUGUUUCUGGAGUGUGCACUGAUCCUCACUUCGGUGGUGCCCCCUGAGCUGCCCAUUGAGCUCUCCCUGGCCGUUCACACCUCAUUGCUUGCAUUGACACGACUCGGGGUUUACUGCACGGAGCCCUUCCGGAUCCCAUUUGCUGGCAAGGUUGAGAUCUGCUGCUUUGACAAGACUGGGACACUCACCUCGGACAGUCUCGUUGUUGAAGGCAUUGCAGGGCUCAAGGGGUUUCCCGAGAUCUGUGCUGUCCCGGAGGCACCUGCUGAGAGCAUCCAGGUGUUGGCCUCGUGUCAGUCCCUGGCCCAGCUGGAUGAUGGCCUGGUGGGCGACCCCCUGGAGAAGGCCACGCUCACUGCCAUUGAGUGGAACCUCACGAAGGGGGACUGUGUGGUUCCCAGGCGGGGUCGUGCCCCUGGCCUGAAGAUCUUCAGUCGCUUCCACUUCAGCAGUGCCCUCAAGCGCAUGUCGGUGGUGGCAGGCUUUGCGGCCCCUGGGGCAAUGGAGACCACCUACAUUGUGGCCGUUAAGGGUGCCCCCGAGACCCUGAAGGGCAUGUUUGCCCGCAUUCCCGAGGACUAUGACGAGGUGUACCUGCGCAUGUCGCGUCGUGGUGCCCGUGUGCUGGCCAUGGGACGCUGUGUGUUGGGACAGUUGAGUCACCAGCAGGUGCGAGACCUUACACGGGAUACAGUCGAGCGGAACCUGGAAUUUGUUGGAUUUCUAGUGGUUUCAUGCCCUCUCAAAAGCGACUCCCUCGCUGUCAUCAAGGAGAUCCAGGCUUCCAGCCAUCAUGUGUGCAUGAUCACGGGUGAUGCACCGCUCACCGCCUGCCACGUUGCCCAAGAGCUCAAUUUCAUCUCCUCUCAACGAGCAACGCUCAUCCUCACAGAGUCCGGAGACGAAAGAUGGGAGUGGGUGAGCAUUGACGAGGCUGAGCACAUUCCCCUGGAUGAGUCGCUGAGUGACCACAGUCUUUGUGUCAGGUACAACCUCUGCAUCACUGGUGAGGGCUUGGCCUACCUGACAGCAACAGCCAAUAGCUUCCUGAAGAGGAUGCUGCCCCACGUCCGAGUGUUUGCACGUGUUGCCCCAAAACAAAAGGAGCAAGUGGUAACAGCACUCAAGAGCCUCGGUUUCCUUACCCUCAUGUGUGGCGAUGGGACCAACGAUGUGGGUGCCUUGAAACACGCCCACGUAGGAGUGGCCCUCCUGGCCAAUGCGCCAGUGCCUCAGGGCAAGCGCAAGAAAGAAGAGAUGACCCCGGACCCAGCAGACGGCGUACCGGAUGCGGUGAGCUCCCGCUUGGAGGCCAUGGCUGCCCGCGGCCGCCCAGGGAAACGGCCUGAUGGGAAGCCUAGUGCAGGGCCCCGGCCGGGAUCUCGAGCUGACAAGAUGGCAGAUGCCCAGAGGCAACUACAGAAGCUGCUGAAGGACCUGGAGGAACAGGACCAGGCACAGGUGGUCAAGCUCGGUGAUGCUAGUAUCGCAGCACCUUUCACCUCCAAGCUGUCCUCCAUCCAGUGCAUCUGCCACGUAAUCAAGCAGGGCCGGUGCACACUAGUGACGACCCUGCAGAUGUUCAAGAUCCUAGCACUGAACGCCCUGGUGCUGGCAUACAGCCAAAGUGUGCUCUACCUGGACGGCAUCAAGUUCAGUGACACACAGGCCACCCUGCAAGGGCUCCUCCUGGCUGGAUGCUUCUUCUUCAUCUCACGCUCAAAGCCUCUGAAGGUCCUUUCCCACGAACGUCCAUUGCCCAACAUCUUCAACGCGUACACCCUGCUGACGGUGCUGCUCCAGUUUGCGGUGCACUUUGCCAGCCUUGUCUACCUCGUCCAGGAGGCUACUGCACGGUCACCACCUCGGCCUGAGAAAUUUGCUGAUAGGGACGACGAGUUCAAGCCGUCCCUCCUCAACAGCACUGUAUACAUCAUAUCCAUGGCUCUGCAGGUGUCCACAUUUGCCAUCAACUAUAGGGGCUACCCAUUCAUGGAGAGGCUGAGCGAGAACAAGCCGCUGCUGUACAGCCUGCUCAUAUCGGGUGUUUCAGUCGUUGUGCUCGUGGCUGGCCUGGCACCAGACGUGGCCAAGCAGUUUGAAAUAGUCCAGUUCCCUGGAGAUAUGCAGCGGAUCAUUCUGCAAGUGCUGGCCUUCGACCUUGUCUGCGCAUUUGUUGUCGAUCGCACCUGUCUUUUUAUCUUUGGCCAGGGGAAGCUGCGCAACUUUUGAGCAGCUUCCGCCUGGGCGUAAUAAACUGCAGUGUCCUUCCUGCAUAAGCCGCAA